GUAGAAGUGCCGGUACUGCGUACCGGUGAGUACCGGAGAGUACCGACCCACUUCAAGCCCUGUGUUUGGCCAUUUUUCACACCGUUCAUGCACCAUGUUUCACUGUUGAUGAGCUGCUGCUGCUCUGUCUCUUGGCUGUUGCCGUGGGUGAUGAUCGAGAUGCAGUUUGGCCAGUGGUGGCGUGAAGGAUAUGUAGGCCUACGUGACCGACCAAUGGUGGCGAGCGAGAAGGCGAGACCUAAAGAGAAAGGUCGAAGCAAUGAAAAAGCACAGAGCAUGAAUGCCGACUGUAGAAAGCAGAAGCUGAAUCCUGGACGUUUUGGGAGAUUUAGCUGUCCGGGAGAAAGAGGAUCUAUGGUCUCCCUAACUAUCGUAUUAAGAAUAAGAUUCUUUUGGAACCAUGCAUGCUGGAUCUGGAAUGGGUUCUAACAGAUGGUUCUGUCUUUGCAUCUAAAGCUGAAACAAAGUGCUGAUAUUUGUCAGCAGCUGUUCAGCAGCAGAGGUCCGUCCUCUGGGACCGACAGGAAGUGGAGCACAGAGUCGACUAAUGCAAUGAUCAGACAGGCAGAGAGCUCACAGCUGCAGGGGGGGCAGUUCAGUGAGCCGGACUCUCUCAAAGGGGGGCCGUUAAAACACUCUAAACCUGUUGAACAAAGGACAAAAAACUGUGAACCAGUUCUUACUGGGAAGUGACCAGUACCUUCUGUAAAGUGAGGAGUCCUUCCUGUGUGUUUGGAUCGGUGACGAUCCUGAAGGUUCCCAGUCCGUCUCCAUUCAGGAUCCUGUAGUCCAUCUCAGCAUUCGGACCAACAUCCAGAUCCAGAGCUUUGAUCCUGGCAACCACAUCUGACACCAGUACAGACUCUGGAACUGUGAACUGGUAGCUCUCUGUAGAUCACAGAUAAACAGACACAUGAUGAUGUUACUUCCUGUUUACUCCAGCUGUUCACCAGAAACUAAUCCUGGACUGGGUCUGAGUCCAGGUCAGUUCAGGCUCCUGAGAUACCUGCUGCUCUGAUCCCUCAGAGUUUCUGCGAUGUGAACUGUGAAGGUCAGAGGUCAGACUUACUGUGGGGGAAGCGAGGCGGGUUGUCAUUGAUGUCGGUCAGUAUCACCGUGACGGAGGUGGUUCCUGAGAGACCUCCCAUCUGACCAAUCAUGUCUUUGGCCUGGACGACCAGCAGGUAACGUUCCCGCACCUCCCGGUCCAUGUCAGGAAGAGCCGUCCGCACCACACCUGCAGGACAGGUGAGACUCAGGUUCAGUAAGCACAUCAGGACACCUGCAGGACAGGUGAGACUCAGGUUCAGUAAACACAUCAGGACACCUGCAGGACAGGUGAGACUCAGGUUCAGUAAACACAUCAGGACACCUGCAGGACAGGUGAGACUCAGGUUCAGUAAACACAUCAGGACACCUGCAGGACAGGUGAGACUCAGGUUCAGUAAACACAUCAGGACACCUGCAGGACAGGUGAGACUCAGGUUCAGUAAACACAUCAGGACACCUGCAGGACAGGUGAGACUCAGGUUCAGUAAACACAUCAGGACACCUGCAGGACAGGUGAGACUCAGGUUCAGUAAACACAUCAGGACACCUGCAGGACAGGUGAGACUCAGGUUCAGUAAACACAUCAGGACACCUGCAGGACAGGUGAGACUCAGGUUCAGUAAACACAUCAGGACACCUGCAGGACAGGUGAGACUCAGGUUCAGUAAACACAUCAGGACACCUGCAGGACAGGUGAGACUCAGUUUAAGUAAACACAUCAGGACACCUGCAGGACAGGUGAGACUCAGGUUCAGUAAACACAUCAGGACACCUGCAGGACAGGUGAGACUCAGUUUAAGUAAACACAUCAGGACACCUGCAGGACAGGUGAGACUCAGGUUCAGUAAACACAUCAGGACACCUGCAGGACAGGUGAGACUCAGGUUCAGUAAACACAUCAGGACACCUGCAGGACAGGUGAGACUCAGGUUCAGUAAACACAUCAGGACACCUGCAGGACAGGUGAGACUCAGGUUCAGUAAACACAUUAGGACACCUGCAGGACAGGUGAGACUCAGGUUCAGUAAACACAUCAGGACACCUGCAGGACAGGUGAGACUCAGGUUCAGUAAACACAUCAGGACACCUGCAGGACAGGUGAGACUCAGGUUCAGUAAACACAUCAGGACACCUGCAGGACAGGUGAGACUCAGUUUAAGUAAACACAUCAGGACACCUUCCAGUAUUUACACAGUGAUUUUCUCCCUCAGUCCUUGAACACAUCACGGUGGUGUUUUUCAGUCUCACCAUGUGACCUGUGACUCAGCUGAGCUUACUGAGGGUAAAUAAAUGGAUGGUUCAGAGCAGAGCAGGCUGAAGCUGUUUAUAAUCAAAUAAUCCUCACAAUCUGUUUUAAUCUGUGGCUCUGCAGAGUUAAUUCACCUCCUCUCUGUCAGCCAUAAACAUGUUCCAUCUAAAGGUUAACGUCUGCUGCAGAUGGGGGGUGAACAGGGUUAUAUAAGAGGAAGAGAUCAACACAUCACAGUUCACAGCUUUAAAUGUUCACACUGAAAGUCUGUUUGUGAGACUACAAACAGAAAAAAACUUUCAUCAUUUGGCUUCAUUAAAAAUACUCAAUACAA